ACAACACUGGAUGGCACUGCCCCUCCUACACAAACACGUCACCGCCGCGCACCGUUUUCACCUGGAUGCCUGAGCUGCAUGUUUACCGCUUCAUUUCAACUCUCUCUCUCUCUCUCUCUCUCUCUCUCUCUCUCUGCAGGAGGGGUGAGUGUGGAGGGGGGGGCGUUGUUGAGUAGUUUCCCUAUCGUCAUGACGACCUCACACCCCAUCAUCUCCAGGGCUGUCUUCCCGUUACCACGGUGACCUGAUCCUGUUCCAUUCCCUCUGCUUUUCAUGAUCCGGGAUGGACCGAUAGCUCCGUCUUAUUCCCUGUGAGCGGCGGGCGUGGACGGGACAGUGAAUCACACACUGGGACUCGGCUGCGAGGACAGGCAGGUGCGGCGUGCUGGGAAUGCUGUGGGAUUAACACCGGAGCAUUGCUUGGAGACAGGAGCAUGCCGAUACAACAAAUAUCAGUGGUUCCAGUGCGGGAGACGGCCAGCAACGGCAAGAGCGCCCCUCGCUCCAAAGACAAGAACGAGGGGAGGAAGGCCCCCGGGCGGUCAGGGAGUCGAUCCAGCAACAUCUCCAAGGCCAGCAAUUCUACAACAGGACCGGGUGCAGCCUCAAGGACAUCGAUCAGCCCAUCCUCUCAAGAUAUAUGCAGUUCUGGCCAGCUGACGCGCUUGGAGGAGGAUGGUUCUGACUCACAGAAACACACAAACACCGCUGUGAUGACUGUCAGCAGCACGACUCUGGGUGUGUCAGCCCAGACCCAGAAGAAGCAGGUGAAGCGCCGACACCGCCGCAAGAGGGACAGCUGCACCGCCUUCAACUGUGUGGACACCAAUACCAAACAGGAGGCGACUGACCGCAGUGACUGUAGCCCAGGCACCGACCGCAGUGAGAGGGGGGAGAAAAGGGAGCGGGCCCCCAAGACCAGGAAGGAGCUGCCCCCACGCCUCCGCAGCUGCGCUCCGCCUCAGUUAGAUUCCACGUCUGAGGAUGAGGGAUGGCGUGAGGCCCGCAGCUGGAGCAAGGAAAAAGCCCGUAGAGGGCGGCGCCGCAGCGGGAGCAGCCGUGAGAGGGAAGGGGUAAAUGCGGGCAAGGGAGGGACAAACAAAAGAGAGAUCAUGGAGCUCCAGUCAGUGGGCUCAGAAGAAGAGAAGGAGAAUCAGGUGCUGCCAGAGAAUGGAGGCCUGAAGAAACGACGAAGCGGUAAGGGCUCGGUGAAGAAUGUGGGCCCAAGUUCAGUGGGAGAAGAGUCCCAGAGCAAGGAUAUGGAGAGAAGAUAUGGAAGCUACAGGUCAUGCAGCCCAAAGGGGAGCUCCUCACUGGAAGAGGAAGGGGAGGAGCUUAUCACAAAGCGAUACCAGGAAAAGGGGUGUGGGAGUGGGGACAUGGCUGUGCCCACACCGCGGAAACACUGUAGUGUCAAUGGUGACGCAGCACAUCCCUGCUCUGAUGACUCUGAGCUGGAGGUCUGCAGGAUCUGCCACUGUGAGGGGGAUGAUGAGUACCCGCUGAUAACGCCAUGCCGGUGCACAGGCAGCCUGCGAUUUGUCCACCAGGCUUGUCUCAACCAGUGGAUCAAAUCCUCAGACACGCGCUGCUGCGAGCUCUGCAAAUUUGACUUCAUCAUGGAGACACAGCUCAAACCCUUACGCAAGUGGGAGAAGCUACAGAUGUCCAAGUCGGAGAGGAGAAAGAUCUUCUGUUCAGUGUUGUUUCACCUGAUAGCAAUAGUUUGUGUGUUGUGGUCAGUCUACGUUCUGGUCAAGAGAACUGCUGAGGAGAUCAGGCUUGGCAGGAACGACGAGUUGUGGAGAAUUUCUCUUCUGAAGUACUAUAAGCCAGAGGGUGUCCUGGAGUGGCCGUUCUGGACCAAGCUGAUCGUGGUGGCCAUAGGCUUCACGGGCGGCCUCAUUUUCAUGUACAUCCAGUGUAAAGUUUACCUGCAGCUGUGGCGCCGCCUCAAGGCCUUCAACCGCAUCAUCACAGUGCGGAACUGCCCCGAGAAAGGCCCGCGCCCCUCUCAGACCCGACCCGCCCCCCUCACCAAUGGCAAACACGAAACUGUGGAAGUUCCUAUGAGCUCUGCCCCCGUCCCGGCUCCGGAGGCACAGACAGACUCAGACCUGUCGGUAGAGGCGGCUGUGGCACCUCCACAAAACCCUGUGUGACUCUCCUCCCUCUCAGAUAACUGCAGUCCUAAAAAAAAAAAAAAAAAAAAAAAAUCACACCCGGCUCAUACGUUACCUAGAUAGUGAAAUACUUUUGACCACGAGCUGGUGUGUGUAGGGUGUGAUGAAUACUCACUGGGUGUUACAGUAGUGUUUUGUUGUGUACGUCGUCUUGCCUCCUGUGGUAACUGAUUUUGUGAGACACAGCUGAUAUGAAUCGAAAUGCAACAGCCUAUCCACUCCUUCAGAGAUGAAAGGAAUGGAAGAGCGGAGGAAGGAUAGUGGUGAAGGUGCAGCCCGGGCCACCAUGCAGGCCAGGAUGUGGAAGAAAGAGGCAAGGACAGAGAACUAUCUAUCCGAGAGAGGAGGCAUAGUUUGUUAAGGCUGUAGUCUUGUGGUAAUGUUCAGGUUGUUUUAUUACUGUAUGCAUUUUCUGAAAUUGCACUGAAGUGGGUCAACCUGUGGAUGCUGAUACUAGCUAUUUCCAUCUGGACAAUCAGGUCUUCAGAUACCAAAGAGUCAGAAAUAACCAGAAACUUUUUAGAUGACGUUCUUGAAGCAGUAUCAGUAGGUCAGUCCGACCCAUCUGUAAAACUCUGUGUUGAAAAUGUUUAAUUAAUUUACAGUCUAGGGGCCGUGUCGAAUAUUUUAUUUAAAAAAAAAAAAAGUAAAUUCCAAGUAGCCCAGUUGUUACAUUUUUUGACAUUAUGCAGCUUUAUAUGCUAUGCUCUGUGAGGUACUCAUAUUUAUAUUAUUUAUGUCACCACUUGGUAGAUGCCCAUUCAUAUCAUCAGUGUUUUACACAUUAGAGUUAUUUGGACUGACACAUGUAUGUGUGUGUGUGUGUGUGUGUGUGUGUGUAACUGACCAUUGGAUCUACAAAUGGCACCAGUUGUUUACACUUCCUCUUUUUUACAGGUUUAAUUUGGUUUUUUACCAGUUACCAUUGUCCCUUCACAUAAAAUCCAACUUUUGAUGUAUAUCCACCACAACAUUCAAGCACUUGAUUUCUAUAUCACAACUUUUUUCUAUUUCUGAUUGGAUGAACCUGAGAAUUAAAAUGAGAUUAAAUGCAUUUUUUGUGCAAUAAACAAUGAAUGUAGAUCCCC